GCAGACUCUUCGUCCUUCUGGGGCUCCCUUCCCUCUCUCUCCGAGAUGGGGGCGCACCCCGCCGUGAGCAGUGCCUUGGACAACGUGGCCCUGAGCCUUGGUGACGUCCUGGAUGCUGCGACACAGGACCUCAGCGAGAUGGCUGGUGACAUCAAGUCCUUCGUAGCGUCGGCCGUGGGCAUGGAGGAGACCGAGGAUGACCCCGAGCAACAGAGAGCCGCUGCCACCAAGAAGGUCAUGGAAAGCGUCUCCCCACGCUCGAGGCAGGAGGCCGCUAGCGCAAUCUCCGACUUCUGUCAGAAGUAUCCUGCGGCGAGGGUGAGACCCAACACCCAGGAGCUGGAGAAACUCUGGGCGGCCAUCUGCUCCCUGAAGCCUGUGGCGUUGAACAGUGCUUUCUACGAGGAGCUUAGCUUCACCAACGGUGAUACUUCCUGGCAACCUCGACUCCGAGUGCUCUAUGCUGUGGAAUACCUCUUCCGGAAAGAGGGCAUGGGGAAGGAGGUGGCUGUGAGCGUCUUUCAUCAGGCGCGCAGCCUCAUCUUCCACCUCACGGAGGUCCAGCAGUGCGCGGAGAAGGCGCAGGAGGUCAUCAAGCUCCUCACCACCAGGAAGGAGGUUCAGGAGGAGGCCAAGGCAAAACCAGCAGCCAAGGCUGCGGCACCGGCUAAGAAGACGGAAGCGCCAGACCUGCUGGACAUGUCGGCACCAGUUGCUUCCUCGGCACCUGCGGCGGCGCCAGCACCGGCGCCUUCGCUGGACGUUGAUCUACUGGGCGAGCCUGUUGCUCCAGUGGCCCCUUCUGUGGCUCCAGUCCCGUCUCCAGCCCCAGCUCCAGUUCCAGCAGUGCCAGUGGCGGAAUCUUCGCCUUUGUCGCCUUCGGCCGCCUUGGCCCUGGCCCUGUCCUCCGCGCCCAUGGCAGCCACAGCCACGCUACCGCAGGACCUGGACCUGCUGGCGCCCAACGCCGCACCAGCUACCACGCCGGCAAAGCCUGACCUUCCCUUCAACCUUGGCACCACGGCGGGCUUCGCCCAGCCCAGCCUACCCAAAGGCUUCCCGGCGCAGAUGAGCAUCGCAGCCAAGGCGACUCCGGCACCCCUGAAUCUCAGAGGCAAGCAGAGCCCUUACAUGCCCAUGCCCUCCAUCCCAUCGGCUUUGGACAGUCCGCAGCCUGUAGUGGAUCAGUUCGCGUUCGUCUCUGACCUCACCGGAAUUGGUGGCUCAAACAAAAAGUAG